AUGCCAGACAGUAAAAGCAAGAGUGAUAUGUCCGCUUGGAAGGGACGGGGAGUGACAGCUGGCAACCAUUUUCAGUUUUUGCUCGGUUUUGCAGUUGGCAAUGUAGUUGGAAUGUAUUUGGCCCAGAUCUAUGAUGUUCCAAACAUUGCAAAGAAGAUUGAAGACAUCAAGAGAGAUGUAGAAGUUAAGAAGAAGCCUCUAAGUGAUAAAUUAUGCUGAUUUAGGCAUCCUACUAUUCAACAUAGAUGGUGUACU